AUGGAAGGCAAUUUGUUACGGGUGCUGAUGGACUUACAUGAAACAACAGAGUAUGUGGUGAGAGGAAAAGAGGGGGAGUCCGAACCUUGGAUGCCAGAAAGGGGUUUGAGAGAGGGAUGUCCUACAUCACCUCAUCUAUUUAACAUCUAUCACCAAGCAGUGAUGAGGGUGGCACAAAAGGAGAGAAAGGAAGAGGCCAAAAGGAACAGAAAGGAUGUGGGAAUAUGUUUCAAGUGGGUACCAGGAAAUGCAAUCCCAGGGGAAAGAUUGUGGGAGAAAAGUCAUUCGGAGGCAGUGGAAAUGUGGGUGGACAAAUCACUUUUUGCAGAUGACACGACAAUAGUAGGAGAUGAAAGUGAGCUGGAAAAAGGGGUGGAAGUAACGAAGUGGGUGAUGGGAGAGUUUGAAGAAAGGAACAAUGAUGGUAAAGAGGAAGAAUUGAAAUUUGGAGAGGAAGAAAGUAAAGAUGUUAGGAUGCUGGGAUGCUGGAUGGGAUGGACAAGGGAC